AUGCGGGACACGAUGGUGGGUGACGGCCACACCGCCGCACCGGCGCCGCGCCUGUUUGACGGCCCCACCGGUGAUGUCAACAUGGCCUUCCCGCAUAAAGUGCGGCAGCUGCUUUCGUCAUCGUCACCCCCGGGUUCGGAGGGCGCAGUCCUCCCAGCGGCGGUGCGGGCCUCGCCAAUCUACAGCGCUGUCGUGCGCUUUGCAGAGGCGGAUGAGGAGAGCCAACGUCAGCCUCAGCAACUGUUUGGUGGCGAUGCAACGACGCGAGGCGCGGAGGUUUUGUCGGUGGGUGCUGCGCCAGUUGUUCCCCCAUCCCUUGCCCGCCGCGGUGUUGGGCCACGGGAUGCGCUUCUGCAGCGUAAAAUGCGCAGGCAGCAGCUACCGGUUUCCGUGUCCACCCCAUCUUUGUUGUCAUCGUCAUUGCCGUUGGGUACAGGCGAGACGGUGGCGGCUGAGCACGACCCACAUACGGCACAUCAGCGGCAAGUGUCGCACUGGAGUAGGCGACCGCUGCAAGAAAUGACACCGGCGGGCUGGGACGUGUUCCGUGCGCAGGUGGGGAUUAUCUUGGAGGUGGUGUCCCGCCGCACUCCCGGUCAGCAGCAACCUGAGCAACAGAAACGAACUCUGCGGUACACCGCCGACGCACUUCGUCCGGUACGUUGCUGGGAAGAGGCCCGGCUGCCGCUUGCGCUUGGAACGCUUGUGUCUCGCCGCUACGUGCUGCCGACGCCGAUUCAGGCGCAGUGUGUCCCGCUUGUCAUGGCGACUGCGGCGACGCCAAGUGGAAAGAUUGACGUUCUUGGUGUGGCAGAAACCGGCAGCGGCAAGACGGCGGCCUACCUUAUUCCGUUGCUGGCGGACGUUCUGCGCCGCACUCCACGACUGCUUGGCAAUGAGAGCCUCAUUGCGCACGGCCCGCUGGCGCUUGUGAUGGUGCCCACGCGCGAGCUUGCGGAACAGGUGACACGGGAGGCGCUUGACAUUGUGCACGGAGCCCCCGCAACAGAGCUGCGACGACUCCUACAGGAGGAGUACAAGGAUGUCGCGUGCGAUGACAGUGUGGCUAUGUGGUGUAACAGACUUGACGAGAUUCGCGUGGUGAAGGUGGUAGGCGGGGAGGCGGUGGAGGCGCAGUACGAUGAACUGGCGAAGGGCGCCCAUGUGGUGGUUGGCACGCUUGGACAGCUGGAGACGCUGCUGCAGCAGCGGCUUCUCGCCCUGGGCAACACGCACCUUGUCAUCAUGGAUGAGGCCGACCGUAUGAUUGAGGAACACCAGAGAGAGACGCUUGUGGCUGUGCUCGGGCGGUGUCCGCUGCCGCGGCAGACGGUGAUGUUCACCGCCACGCUGAGUGCAGCAUGCGAGGAGGUGGCGCUGAAGUAUUUUUCACCGGACGGCUUCGUCGUGGUGCGGGUUCCAAACCGCUGCGCAACCAUUACGCAGGUGUUUGAGAUGUUUCCGAGCGACGGGGGUGUGGCACCGGCGAAUGAUGGCAGGCGCGGGACAUCGCAGCAAAAUGCCCGACUGCCGCCGCCAACACCGCCGCAGUUGGAGCGCUCUCGCCUCCCGCUGUUGCACCCCAUGAAGUUUGCCCGGCUGGUGACGUACUUGGCGUACGCCACCGCCCCUGUGGUGGUGUUCGCGAACGAGCGACGCACCUGCGACGCCCUGUGCGAUGAGCUGCACGCCGAAGCGAACCACCUCGCCGCGUUGGAGGAAAACUUCUCGCUGGAGGCGCUUGUUGGGGAGGUGCCCCCCGCCCUGCAGGGGAUGUCGCACGACGGUCGCCAACCCCCGCAACCGCGACGGAGACCCGCGCUGAACCUUGGCAACUUGCGUUCCAUUGCAUUGGUGCACUCGGAGCAGUCGCAGGUGGAGCGUCGACGCCUUGUCGACCUCUUUCGCCGCGGCGAGCGUCGCGUGCUAAUUACCACCGAUCUUCUUUCCCGCGGUCUGGAUGUGCCUAACGUGACACUUGUAAUCAACUAUGAUAUGCCACGCGUGGAUCCCUCCGCCGCAGCCAGUGCAGGGGAGGAGGCGGUGCAGAAGUACAUCCACCGCAUUGGCCGAACCGGACGCGCGGGGGCGAGUGGUGUGGCGCUUGCACUGUUGUGCCUUCCCUCGGCGCUGAUUCAACGCGCCCAGCAACACGCCCUGCGCAGCGACGACGACAGCGCGGGGGGAAAGCAAUUGCUGCAACAAAUUGGCUUGGCCGGCGUCUCUGCAAAGACUAGGGUGCAGGAACUCGACAGGCGCGAGCUGACAGGCAUGAAGAGCGGCGAAGGCAUGGAUGAAAAUCUGCUUACCCUGGGUGACGCAGACGACUUGGACGACAACGUGGAGGAUGAGGAGGAAAAUGAGAAUGCGGAAGGGACCGCCGCGAGCACGUAG